AUGGGCUCCGAAGUCUGGCACAUGGCAGUUCCUGAGGAGUGGACAGAAGCUGAAAGCUAUGAUGACGACGGAGACGCCACCUUCCAGCCCCAACACCAGGAAAUGGAUGACUAUGUCCAGCCCCACGCCCUCCAUUCAGUUUUCCAGAAUCACUUUGAACCUGCUGUCUACGUGUUUGCCAAGUGCGGCUACGAGCUGUUCUCCAGCCGCUCCAAGUACGAGCACUCAGUGCUGUGGCCAGCCUUCACUGGGACCAUCCACGAUGAUAGCGUGGCGGCCAAGUGGCCCGAGCGCAAUCACCCUGAUGCCUUUAAGGUGUUCUGCAGUAAAUGCAGCCACGGGCUUCUCAAUGAUGGCCCCAAGCGGGGCAGUCCCGCUUCUGAAUAUUCAGCAGUCCCUGAAGUUCAUCCCUAA